GUGUGUCAGCAGUGUUGGCACAAGCCCUGGAGAAUAAGAACCUAUCAGGAGGCAAAGACUAUAUGGUAGCACAUGUGUAUGUGUGCUUUGGAAUGCUUAAGACGAUUGAAAUAAUCAAAUGCCUGUUCUCGUGGUAUAUGGAAGAAAAGCUGAAGGGUUUUUUUGGGGGUGGUUUCAUAAUCCAGUGCUGGAAAGGCAGGUAGACAAAUAGGUCAGCUGGGAUAAGUACAAGAGUGGUGUACAGAAAGUGUGUCAAAUAUCAACGAUUUUGAGGGAAAGUAGCACCUGAAUGACAGAAAAACAAAAUUACAAAACAAAGAGAAGUUUCUUUUUUCAUCAUGAAAGGACUGGAUUUUAAUUUGUUAACUGCUCGACCAGAUAUGAUUGAAUUUGAAGGCAUCUCUAUGACUCAUUACUUCACUGAUGACUGGGAAAAUGUUCAGAAUUUCCAGGCAAGACCAGACGACAUCCUCAUUGCUACUUACCCCAAAGCAGGCACCACCUGGGUUUCCUACAUCUUAGACCUGCUUCAUUUUGGCAAUACAGCACCAGAACGUCAGACCUCAAUGCCCAUCUACAUGCGAGUCCCGUUCCUAGAGAUGAUUAUUCCUGAGAUGGAUACAGGAGUUGAACUAGCAAAUAAUUUACACACCACACCACGACUCCUCAAAACCCAUCUACCUGUUCAGCUGGUGCCCAAGUCAUUCUGGGAACAGGACUGCAAGGUCAUCUAUGUAGCUCGCAAUGCCAAGGACAAUGCUGUGUCUUAUUUCCACUUUGAUCUUAUGAAUAAAGUACAACCUCAUCCAGGAGACUGGAACAAUUAUCUACAGAUGUUCAUGGAUGGAAAAACUGUGUUUGGACCUUGGUAUGAUCAUGUGUGUGGCUACUGGGAGAAGAAGCAGACCUACUCUAAUCUUCACUACAUGUUCUUUGAGGAUAUGGUGGAGAACACUGAUCGUGAGGUGGAGCAGCUGUGCUCGUUCCUCGAAUUAUCUACACCAACAGAAGAGAGAGAGAAGAUUACCAAAAAUGUCCAUUUUGAUGUCAUGAAGGAAAACAAGAUGACCAACUACUCCACAGUGUCAGCCAUGGAUUUUACGAUCUCACCGUUUAUGCGCAAAGGUAAAGUCGGUGACUGGAAGAAUCACUUCACGGUGGCUCAGAACGAGGAGUUUGACAAACACUACAAACAGAGGAUGAAGAACACAACUUUAUGCUUCCGUACAGAGAUUUAGGAUUUCCUGAGACCUCAGCAUUAUGUUGACUCUUUUUAUUCAGGGGCUAUUCUGUGUAUAUUUUAAAUUGCGAACAAUUGUGAAAGAAUCAUAUGAACAAUAAAUUUAGUUUAUUUAGGUACCUGAUGUACAUUAUGUCCUAGUUCCUAGACUUUCUCACAAUGACUACAGAGCAUUUGUGUAGCUCUGUGGUUCAUAUAAAAAUCAUUUAGCCUCUGUCAAUAUGCUAAUAUCACAUACGCUUAUUUUAUUUCUGGUCAAGAAUUCAAUUUUCCCCAAGCAAAUUGUUAUACCAAGUUUAUAAAUAAAAAAUUUAUAUUUAAACCCAAUUUGUCAAACAAAUACAAUCCAAAGAAAGCCCAAGUUUAAUGCACCAACACACAAAAUUGAGAUUGCUCAGGGGUUUAGAUGAAAGAGCCAACAAGACUCAGAUACAAAGGUCCAGAGCUGGUAAUAAUCAAGCAAUUAUUCUAUAAUAAAUAAAGUUAAAUAGCUUUGGGCUUUGGCUCGCUCUGGUGGUUGUUCCAGCAUGUGACAGUUUCAUAACCAACAUAUUAUACACAAAAUUAGAGCAGAACACAAAAAGGGGCCAUCUCAAAGGGAGGGCUAAAGGGACGUGCGUUAUGUAAAAAAUGCAUUAUUGAGUCCAAUAAAAUAAUCCAAUGAAGGCGUCCUGUAAAUCCUGUAAUAGUAUCUCACUGUAGUUUUCAGAGCAACAUUUAUAAUCCAUGCUCAAAAAGUGUUCAAAAAAUUUAAUAAAAGGUUUAAUUAAAUUCUUGAAAUCUUUAAGUUGUUUGACCAUACAUGAUCUUAUUCUAAAUUAUGUAAAGAUAAUGUUCAAACCAACUGCUUUAUUCCUUCAUGGGCUAAAUAUCUGUGAAAAAUUAAAUGCUCUUUCUUUUGCCCACUGUCCCGUUUCCUCACUGACCUCCAUAUGGCAAUCAAAACAUUCUGAAUUAAAUAACACA